CAGAGGGCUCGCGCACACCAGAGGAGCAGCAGCACGCAGCAACAGCAGCAGCAGCAGCAGCAAGAAGAAGAAGAAAGAGAUUUAAAACACCAGCCGACUAUUUUAUUCCUUCUGUCUGCUGUUAGUCUGUUCUCCUUACAUUACAGUGACAUUUAAACCAGCGCAACACACGCACGUUAUUCCGACGGUGAGAAUCAUUUUUUAAUAGCACAAGUACUAUGGAGGACCAGCUGCUGUGCUGCGAGGUGGACUCCAUCAGGAGAGCCUACCAGGACGUCAACCUGCUCAACGACCGAGUCCUACACACCAUGCUGAAGGCAGAGGAACUCUACCUACCGUCGGCUAACUACUUCAAGUGUGUUCAGAAAGAAAUAGUGCCCAAAAUGAGGAAAAUAGUUGCCACCUGGAUGUUAGAGGUCUGCGAGGAACAGAAAUGUGAGGAGGAGGUUUUUCCGCUGGCUAUGAACUAUUUGGACAGAUUUUUAUCAGUGGAGGCCACCAGGAAAACAAGACUACAGCUGCUGGGAGCUACGUGCAUGUUUCUAGCAUCCAAGAUGAAGGAGACUGUGCCCUUAACGGCGGAGAAACUCUGUAUCUACACCGACAACUCGGUCCAGCCCGGAGAACUGCUGCAAAUGGAGCUGCUGGUUCUCAACAAGCUGAAGUGGGACCUGGCUUCGGUCACGCCUCACGACUUCAUCGAGCACUUCCUGUCCAAGCUGAAGAUCUACCCGUCCACCAAGCAGAUCCUCAGGAAACACGCCCAGACCUUCGUGGCCCUCUGCGCUACAGAUGUCAACUUCAUCGCCAGUCCUCCGUCCAUGGUGGCGGCGGGUAGCGUGGUGGCAGCCGUUCAAGGCCUCUACCUGAAGAGCCAAGACGCCUCCCUGUCCUCCCAGAACCUCACCAACUUCCUGUCCCAGGUUAUCCGCAGCGACCCGGACUGUUUGCGGUCAUGCCAGGAGCAGAUAGAAUCUCUGCUGGAGUCCAGCCUGAGGCAGGCUCAGCAGCACAGCGGCACGACGGAAACCAAACGCGUGGACGAGGACGUGGACCUGUCCUGCACCCCGACAGAUGUCAGAGACAUCAACAUCUGAAACCGAGGCGGAAGCGUCGCGCGAUGAACCCGAUGAUCAAUGGGGGAAAAAAAGUUGUAGACAGAGGAGGGCGGUGGACAGGUGGACCGGGGAGGGGUUGCGGUUGCCUCAUCUGAACUCAGCCUCCCCUUCCUCCUCCUCCUUCCUGGUUGGGCUGCUAGCAUGGCCGACGUGUCCCUCACACACACGCCCGCUGUCCAUUACAGCCGUCAAAGACAGGCCCUGCCCCGCUACACACAAAAAAAAACCCCAAGUCACAUUUCCUGCCAGUGUCCCCUCCCAUCCCGGGAAAAGAAACGAACACUACAGAAAUGUACUCGAAAGAGAAAGAGAGAAAGCGAGAGAGAGAAAAAAAGACACUGAAAAUUGAAAACGACCUGCGUGGGCUGGAGUUAAAGCCACAAAAACAUUCUAGUAGAUUUUUUUUUCUUUUAUUCCCUGAAACAUUAAACUAGGAAUCUUUAAAUUACCACAGACUCAACUCACCUACUAAAACAUCCCAAAGUGUCGUGUACAGUAGGUCCUUGUAGUCUGUCUUCAGGUCUUUUACCUGAAAGCUGACAUUUAUUAAAGAGAAGAGGCUUUUUUUUCAUUUCUUUUUUCUGUUAUACCUAGAAUGUUUUAGACUUCUUGUCCGAGUUCCCAUGUUUGUCUUGUUGCAGUGCAGACAUACAUAUAUCCCUGCUUGCUUAUGUUUAGUCACUUUAUUAUAUUAUAUCAUUAGUCUUAUACCUCUUUUCUUUCAAGCUUUUUUUUGUUUUUUUAGUGUGAAACGCUCUGUUGUUUUUAACGACCAUUAGGCGACCACGGCUGAUUGUCGAGGUUCGGACAAAUUCUGAUUCUUUGUCCGUUUCCUCUCCGGGGUUGUUGGCUUUUACCCGUUUUUUUUACGGCUCGCUGUAAUCUGACAAGCAUCAAAAAUGGACGCAAGCAGAGCCGUCCACAGUCGUGUUCUUCUUCUUCUCCUUCUUCUUCUUCUUCUUUGUUUAGUCAUACCUAAUAUCAUUCCAACUUUUUGUUUCCUAAAAAGAAAAAAAGCACUUUUUGGUCAGCAGUGCUGGCUUGUCUAAAAAAAAAAAAUUAAGAGAGCAAGAGAGAGAGAGAGAGAGAGAGAGAGAGAGAGAGAGAGAGAGAGAGAGGAAAUCACAAUGAUAGAAGUUUGUAAAACAACAUGAAAAUGGACGGAGGAGGUCCAAGCAGAAGUCUUUAUGGUGAUGGAGAGUCAGGGCAGGCACGCAGACAGUUGCACCUGCAGAAAUACCUUCUUUUUUUUCUCUUUUUUAACAGAAAAACAAGACUGAAUGCUGCUUGACGCUGUGGCCUUCCAAGUCUCAGAUAAGAGUCUUAGUUUAACAAACAUUUCAUAGAGGCGGAGCUGCUCGUAUCAUCCGAAAUCUCAUUGGUUUAGUUAAAGUUCAGCGUGCAGAGCCAAAGGCUGGAGGUCUGAAGGUUUAAAAAAGAAAGUAAAGAGAAGUAUUGUUUUUAUAGCUGAAAUAAUACUUUAUUUUUAUAGAGGAAAAAAAACACAAGUAUUAUUUAUUUUUGUAGUUGCUAAACUAACCACGGCUCCACAGAUUGAUGUUUUAACUCAAACCGCUAAGAUGAUUUCUGCCUCCAGAGCAGCUCGGGCCCCUUU